GGGCCGGUGGAGUCGCCGCUAGAGCCGCUGCCGCUCUGAAGCGGUCCGAGCAGCAGCAGUAGCUGCUGCUGCAAAGCUGGGUCUGACUCGGGAAGGGGAAGCCCGAGCCCCAAGAAGGGAACAGGAGGGGCUGGGGGAAUCCCUCAACCUCGGAACCCCUAGGGCUAAGCUCAUAGCUGGGAUAGGGGAGGCGCUCUGCCGGUCCCCAUAAGCAGCGUAAGAGGUAGCAGCACCAAGGGAAGGACUGGGAACGAGAGAAGGAGAGAUAGAAAGCACUCUGCCCCACAUCUGGAAGAGACAGAGGUGCACCCCACAUCCGGUGGAAGAAACCUCCCUCUCCUGAACCGGGCAGGGCAGAGUAGAAGAAAAAGAGGCGAAGGAGGAGAUUGUGCGCCCCGGGAUACAGAGAGGCUUGGGCACCUGGGAUCUCGGACUGGGAUCAGGACCGCGACCCCAAGCCCAGGGGCUGUGCGCUCCGCAGCUCCCCAGCCAGAACUGAGCGACAAGUCAGCGAGCUGCGCUUAGUCCAAUCGGCCUUUUGGAGAGUGGGUAGAGAAGGGGGUAGGAGCGGGGCCCCGGUUGCCUCACCAGGACCGGGGCCGGGAACCUCCAGGGCUGACCUGCCCUCGAAGUUGCAGCCGGCGUGAGAGGAAAAGCACGUGCCCCCCUGUGCUGGCUACGGCUGAUGGAAACUGCACAGAAAACUCAUGCAAGUGAUACUUACAGUACUUACAGUUUUCUUGACCGGAGUCAGCAUUCAGAUAUUAAAACAGAUUGCAAUUCCUGUGUGGAAGUAGAAGACAGAAAAGUUUCAAGGCAGCAGAUGAAUUGUGAAAGAGACCAACUAAGGGUAAAAGGGAUAAUUUUAAGUAGUUCAUUGUGCUCCGAAGAUUCAAAAGGAAUUAACUCACAGGGUAAUCAGGAAGCUACAGCAGCUCCUGACACAAUGGCACAGCCUUAUGCCUCCGCCCAGUUUGCUCCCCCUCAGAAUGGCAUCCCUGCAGAAUAUACGGCUCCCCAUCCUCAUCCCGCUCCAGAGUACACAGGCCAGACUACAGUCCCAGAGCACACGUUAAACAUGUACCCUCCAGCGCAGACGCAUUCUGAACAGAGUGCCACGGACACGAGUGCGCAGACUGUCUCCGGCACAGCCACACAGACAGAUGAUGCAGCACAGACUGAUGGCCAGCCUCAGACACAACCUUCUGAAAACACAGAAAACAAAUCGCAGCCUAAGAGGCUGCAUGUCUCAAAUAUCCCCUUCAGAUUCCGGGAUCCGGACCUCAGACAAAUGUUUGGACAAUUUGGUAAAAUCUUAGAUGUUGAAAUAAUUUUUAAUGAGCGAGGCUCAAAGGGAUUUGGUUUCGUAACUUUCGAAAAUAGUGCCGAUGCGGACAGGGCGAGGGAGAAAUUACACGGCACCGUGGUAGAGGGCCGUAAAAUCGAGGUAAAUAAUGCUACAGCACGUGUAAUGACAAAUAAAAAGACAGUCAACCCUUAUACAAAUGGCUGGAAAUUGAAUCCAGUUGUGGGUGCAGUGUAUAGUCCUGAAUUCUAUGCAGGCACGGUGCUGUUGUGCCAGGCAAACCAGGAGGGAUCUUCUGUGUACAGUGCCCCCAGUUCACUAGUAUACACUUCCACAAUGCCUGGCUUCCCUUAUCCAGCCGCAACUGCAGCUGCUGCUUACAGAGGAGCCCACCUCAGAGGCCGUGGCCGCACCGUCUACAACACCUUUCGAGCAGCGGCUCCUCCCCCCCCAAUCCCAGCCUACGGAGGAGUAGUGUAUCAAGAGCCUGUGUAUGGCAAUAAAUUACUGCAGGGUGGUUAUGCUGCCUACCGGUAUGCCCAACCCGCCACCGCCACUGCGGCUGCCUACAGUGACAGAAAUCAAUUCGUCUUCGUUGCAGCAGAUGAAAUUUCUUGUAACACCUCUGCAGUUACGGACGAGUUUAUGCUGCCGACCCCUACCACCACACACUUGCUCCAGCCCCCACCUACGGCGUUGGUGCCAUGGCUAGUAUAUACCGAGGGGGAUACAGCCGUUUUGCUCCAUACUAAAUGACAAAACCAUAAAAACCUUCCAAUGUGGGGAGAAAGGAAGCUUUCCGAGGCCCGGGUAUUGCAAUACAUGCAGUAGUGCAUCAUUUUAGCAACUCUAAAAAAGAGGAAAAAAAUUACAUUUUUUAUCUUAUACCUCAGAUAUUUUGUUCUGUGUAUUUUAAUAUUGUGGGUCUUUAAUUUCUGAAGGUUCCGUAGUUUGAUUGCUGGCUGUAGAAGUUUUUGUGGUUGAUCUAGAAAGCUGCUAGAUAUGAAUAAAAACUGUUUUAGGGCCACAAUCAAGAGUGCUAUAUCAUGUAAAUGAAUUAUAUAUGCUGAAUAUUAAGCUAUUGGGAUUAUCACAUGUUUUGUAAGAGUGUAAGUGACUACAGUAGUCAUUUUUUCUGCAUCUACAUUUAUUUUAGUUUAUGAAAAGGGAGGGGUGGGAGGGAAACAG